GCUCGAGCUCUUCGCUGUGACCUGGACUGGUUUGCCUUACCCUCAAUUAACCCCCAUCACCCAUCCAUUACGCCCUUUUUAUAUUUCAAGCCUUUUAGUUCAAGCCAAUUGAGUACGCAAGCGGCGUGGGGACUGCGAAUCGCUAGCAUGGCGGACUACGAUCGGAGACGUUCGGGUGGUCACCACAACAGAAAGCGAAGGUAUCGAGAUGACGAUGAGAAUGAUUACCGGCAGCAACGCCGCCGGUACGACCAACCGCCUCCCCUCCCGGUCCGGAUCCGAAAGCAACUUCUGUCGCUGGCCGAGUCGCCUCUCCGCCGGUGGCACGACGAGGUGAAUUCGAUUGCGCACCUUGUCGCGGACAAUGCGGAGGACACGGAGGUGCGCGAGGGCUUCGUCAACUUGGUGCUGCAGCUCGUGCUGGAGCAGCCGCUCAAAACGCCGUUCGUGGCGGCCGUCGUUCUCGUCGUCAACACGCUGCAGCCCGACAUUGUGCGCGAGAUCCUUGCGAAGACCAGCGCCACCGCCGAAAACAAGAUCAAGGACGGCGAAUGGAGGGAUGUGAAGCUGUGCCUGAAGCUUCUGGCGUGUUUGCAGAGCUGCCUGGGCGGAGAUGGCGUGUUUCCCGUCCUCGACGAACUGUUUAACCGAGCUGGCGACCUGCAGACUGCGAGUUCUGACGACACUAUCGGCACCGAACUCGUCAAGAUUAUCCUCUUUACCAUUCCUUACAUCAUGGCUGGGGGCCCUGGACAACAAUGGCAGGAGAGGGCAGCAGAUCUAAUGGACAAAACGGACAUCAUUGCCUCGGAACCUCACGCUUUGCAGGCUUUGAUCGAUCCAUAUCUGCCCGAGAGCGAAGGACAGCCCACCGAAUCCUCGAGCAUGAUUUGCCUGUUGCAGAAGCAGUUGCAACAUGAGGCGAGUAAUAACUGGGAGUUGGCAUGCCUACCGCGCCCGUGGAGACUGCCUCUGGAAGAGAUAGAGGCGCAGGAUAAGCUCGACAAUGCGACGAAACAUGACCUGCCGACUAUUUCCGUCCCCGAGAGGGUCAUCCCGGGGCCUCGACCACUGUUUCCCGAAGUCUACUUUUCCGUAUAUGCAGGCCAAGACAUCCCGUCGGUUCCGCCCGUUACGGAUGUUGCGUCCUCUCUGAUCCGGGAUGCACUGGUGGACACGAUUAACAUCCUCGACUUCAACCGCCACGCCACCGCCCGUUUCUUGAUCGAUGUGGAUUGUUAUUUCGCGGAUGGCACGUUUAUUAAGCGUGCGACGCCAUUUGACCGUCUCCGAGACAUUGAAAGCGGCCGGUCUACCUGGAAGCCCGAAGAUGUUGCCGUCGACGCCGUCUUUUCGCAGUUGCAUCAGCUGCCGGCGCCCGAGCAUAAGCUUGUCUACUAUCACAGCGUUCUGACCGAGGCCUGUAAGCAGGCGCCCGCCGCCAUUGCGCCGAGCUUAGGCAGAGCUAUAAGGUUUCUAUACCGCAAUUCGAGCCGGAUGGAUCUGGAGUUGAGCCAGAGGUUCAUGGAUUGGUUUGCGCACCACUUGAGCAACUUCGGCUUCACCUGGAAGUGGACAGAGUGGGUGGAUGAUGUGUCUUUCCCGGAUAUCCACCCGCACAAGGCCUUCAUUCUUGGUGCUCUAGACAAGGAGAUUCGGCUGAGCUUUGCCCAGCGCAUCAAGAACACACUACCCGAGGAAUACCAGGUUCUUAUUGGACCCGAGAAGGAGAAUGAUGUACCUGACUACAAGUUCUCGGACGACUCGGUGCCUUUUGCAGCCGAGGGUCGGGAAAUGGCGACGCUGCUGAAGCGGAAGGCUCCAGAUGAGGAGUUCCAGCCUAUCGUUGACCACAUUCAAGCAGCUGCUGGUGAGCACGGCUUGGAUCCCUUUAUAGCGAGCACCGACGUGUUCGUCACGGCGGUCUGCUGGGUCGGCUCCAAGUCGCUCAGCCACGUUCUAGCGUGCAUCGAGCGUGUCAAGGACCGACUACUCGACGUCGGAGCUGCUUCGGAGGGUGCCCGGGCCCAGAUCAUUACGGCCGUCAUGUCGUAUUGGCAAGCGCACCCAGGUGUAGCUCUUUCCAUUAUCGAGAAGUUGCUCAACUACUCGAUUCUCACGCCAUCCUCUGUCGUCGAGUGGGCGCUCGGGGCCGGAUCCAAGGCCGAAGCUGACGGCGACCGCGCCGGAGAUGGCUUAGCAAAGGCGCACGUCUACGAGUUAGUUCACAACACGGUGAACAAGGUGACGGGGCGGGUCAGGUUGCUCCUGGCGCCAGGUGCUGAGGCAGACGAGGAGACGAAGACGCGCGAUGUCCAGGCGAUGAAGGAUCUCUUCAAAGCCAUUGAGGAUGCGGUCGUGGGCUGGGCUUCGGGCAGCAAAGACCAGAUGCUAAGGGACACGGAAGGGGAUGAAUCGAGAGACCAGCUCCUGCGACAGUGGGGCCAGCGCUGGCUCCGCGUUUUCCGUCGCAAGUCGGCCAUCGAGGAAGCCCAUCUUUUGGAGGUGCAAAACAACAAUGCGCCAGCAGAGGGAGAUGACGGGGCCUAGAAGUCAGCCAUUUAACCAGCUGCGGACUGGCAUUGGUAAAUCGGAAAAAAAGGGGGGAAGGGAUAUUUGCGAUCUGUACGAGUAACUGGGGCGGGAGUUCUUUUCAAGUCGGCUUCCUCUGAAACUAGCUCACAGCCUUCAUCCAUCUCAAGAGAGCUCAUCUGAGGUUGGGUAGCUGAAAAAGCGGCGGUAAGGCGCAUCACAUUCACCGCAUUACUCUUAAGGAGAUGGCUUGCGGGAGAAGCAUGGGAGUAGAAGACAGACUACAAGAUAGUAAUAAAAUAUCAAGGACUCAAGUCACCAGU